GGGGCCUGCGCUUCCCCUCUCCAGACCAUGAUGAUUCUUCAGUUAAUCAUGCUUGCUCUGGUGACAGGGCAUGUAGGGGGAGAGACCAGGAUCAUCAAGGGGUACGAGUGCUCUCCUCAUUCCCAGCCCUGGCAGGUGGCUCUGUUCCAGAAGACACGGCUGCUCUGUGGGGCAACUCUCAUCGCUCCCAAAUGGCUCCUGACAGCAGCUCACUGCCGCAAGCCCCGAUAUGUAGUUCAUCUGGGGGAGCACAACCUCCAGCGGCGGGAUGGCUGUGAGCAGACCCGAGUGGCCACCGAGUCCUUCCCCCACCCAGACUUCAACAACAGCCUCCCCAACAAAGACCACCGCAAUGACAUCAUGCUGGUGAAGAUGGCAACCGCAGCCUUCAUCACUGGGGCCGUGCGACCGCUCACCCUGUCAUCGCGCUGUGUCACUGCGGGCACCCGCUGCCUCAUUUCUGGCUGGGGCACCACGUCCAGCCCCCAGUUGCACUUGCCCCAUACGUUACGAUGCGCCAACAUCACCAUCAUUAAGCACGAGGAGUGUGAGAAGGCCUACCCCGGCAACAUCACAGACACCAUGGUGUGUGCCAGUGUUCGGGAAGAGGGCAAGGACUCCUGCCAGGGUGACUCUGGGGGACCUCUGGUGUGUGAUGGGUCUCUUCAAGGCAUUAUCUCCUGGGGCCAGGAUCCGUGUGCUGUCACCAGAAAGCCUGGUGUCUAUACAAAGGUCUGCAAAUAUGUAGACUGGAUCCAGAAGACUAUGGAUAAUAACUAGCCAGGACCAGCCCAACACCCCCAAUCUCUACUUGGUGAUGUGACUCUUACUCAUUCUGUUAAUAGUCAAGCCUGA